AUGUCUCGUGAUCAAUAUCUAAGUUGUUAUAGUAUUUUUUACAGAGUGAUAACGCAGGAAAAAGCUUUGUCCGGAAGGAGCAGAAAUUUCGGUUGGAAAGCGUACUACGAUAUCAAUGAUAUUUACAAAUACCUGCGCAACAUGAGCAAGACGUAUCCGGAGUGGGCGUCGACGGUGGUGGGCGGGCGCAGCUACGAGGGCCGCGAGAUCCUCGGCCUGCGCAUCGACACGCCCACAAAGCGGGGACCAGGGAAACCCGCCAUCUUCAUCGAGUCUGGUAUCCACGCCCGGGAAUGGAUUACUCCAGCAACGACCACCUACUUCAUAAACCAGCUGCUCACCAGCAACGACCCUAACAUCACAGCACUAAGGGACAGUUUUGACUGGCACAUCUUCCCUUCUGUCAACCCUGAUGGAUACCAUUACAGUUAUUACAUUGAUCGCAUGUGGAGGAAGACCAGAUCCAGGUCACCAAACGGAUGCUUCGGCGCAGACCCCAACAGGAACUGGGACCACAACUGGAACACUGCGGGCUCAACUAGCAACCCGUGUGACUACCAAACGUACGCGGGCUCCAAGCCGUUCUCCGAGGUGGAGACUCGCACCCUGGCCUCGUACAUCGCCGGCGUGGAGAACCUGCAGGGCUACCUGGGCUUCCACGCCGACGCGCAGAUGCUGCUCGUGCCCUACUCCGACUCCAAGGAACAUUGCGAUAACUAUGAUGACUUGAUUCAAGUGGGUAAGACGUCGCUAGAUUACGGAUACAGAGUGAACAAAGAGAAAUAUGAAGGACCAGGGACUGCGGCUGAGUUAUUAUACCCGGCAUCAGGCGGCAGCAUGGACUGGGUGCGGCAGGCGCUGGGCACCCCCCUGGUGUACACCUACGAGCUGCGAGGGUACUACUUCUCGUGGCCGCCGAGCCGCAUCUACGAGCAGGGCGACGAGGUCACGCAGAUGAUCCUGGGGCUGGCCGUCGAGGCCGGCAGGCUUGGGUACUUCAGAUAACAUCGCUUAUUAAGAUUUUUUAAGCGUCUUUCUCUGUUUUCUGUCUCUAUUACUUUAUGGUCUAAGCCACUGCGACUUUUUGUACAUACAUGCAAUGUUGCCAAUUCGCCUGUUAUUAUUUGGUUCGCUUCGUGGCUAACUGUUUGUAUGUAUAGUUUGCAUUGUACAUUUUAGUUUCGAAUAAAUUGGAGCUGCCGUUCUACGGGACAGAAACAUGAUAAGUACCUACCUAUUAAAAGUCGCAUUGGGUUUGGGAGUCGGUUACGUUAUUGAUCUAAUCAAAAUACACAAAGUCAAUCAG